AUGUUUGUGCAUUUCUGCAAAAGCAUCAUUGAAACAGAGCAAGCGUGGAGACGCGGUACACUAAGCAAAGACAACAUGAGGACUUUUGUGUGUUUGUUGACAGUAGUCGCCAUUUGCCGGGCGGGGAUUAUUGACGUCGGUGGGCACGGGAACGGGGGAGGUUUAGAAGGAGGGUCUGGUUACGACUUCUCAGCACAGUUAUCAGGUGGCGGGCAAGAAGGCCACGAUUUUGGCGGCCAAGCCCAAGACUUGGGAGGACAGGGCGGUCACGAUUUCGGUGGACAAGGCGGUCAUGAUUUCUCCGGUGGACAAGGCGGUCAUGAUUUCUCUGGUGGACAAGGCGGUCAUGAUUUCUCAGGUGGACAAGGGCAAGGAGGACACGAUUUCACCCUCGCGUUGACACAAGGCGGACAGGGAGGACAUGACUUCGGGCAGUCAUUUGGAGGUCAUGACCAAGGACAACAGAGCUUCGGCGGCCACGAAGGUGGACAAGGAGGUCAUGGCUUUGGAGGAGAUUCGUAUCUUCAAGCGGCCCAUGAUUUGGGAAGCCAGGGAUUUGGUCACGGUGAUUUAGGUGGUCAAGGUGGUCAUGCCUCUUUCGGUGGUCAAGGUGGUCAUGCCUCUUUCGGUGGACAAGCUGGAGAUUUCGGCGGUCACGGUGACGAGGGUGGUCAUGGAGGAUUCGGUGGACAGGGAUUCGGACACGGCGGUCAACAGAGCUUCGAGCUAUCAGAUGCCGGCUAUGGUGGUGACGAGCAUGGAUUCGGCGCUCACGUCAUCCCCGUAGGAGAGCACACAGACGUUCAGAGCCCUGUUCAAGUGCCUCUGUACAAACAUGUUACAGUUCCUGUACACAAGCCCCUUCACAUCAACGUACCCAAGCCGGUCUUAGUCGGUAUACCCCAGCCUUACCCAGUAAAAGUGCCAGUCCACAAACCAGUCGCUGUACCAGUCGAGACAGAGAUCUCCAUCCCCGUAGAGAAGGUCGUACCUUACCCAGUUGUCAAACAUGUACCUUACCCCGUCGAGAAGCAUGUACCCAUCAAGGUGGAGAAGACCGUAACUGUACAUGUACCCCAGCCUUACCCAGUGAAGAUCCCAGUGUACAAAACCAUCCAUCAUCAUAAAGGUCAUUAA